AUGCGAAUUAUAUGUCUUUUACUUUUGCUUGUAUUUCUAAUAUACUAUACAUAUAUAGAAUGUAGUGUGAAAUAUAGAACAAACCUUCAUCAAUACACUACCUUAUUAAAACAAAAUGAAAAUGUAAUAAAAUUGGAUUUUUCACAGUCAGCAGAAUAUGUAUAUAAUACAAUAAUAAGAAAUCGAACUAUAAAUGAAAAGAAUGACACGAGAUUUAUGUACAUAACGAUUAGUAGUAUUGGGUUUUUGUGUAUAUUACCGGAGAAUAAUUCUACAGGAGUAUCUAAGACUAAAUUAAAUAAUGUGAAAGGUCCUAUAAAUAGCUCUAUAUAUAUACCUUUAGAGAACUGGAAGAAAAUACCAUAUAGUGAAGAUUGGGAAAAUUUAGAUGAAGAUACAAAAUAUUACAUUAAAAUGGCUAAAGUUAAAUGGUUGAUGAAUAGAUGUUAUAGCUUUACUGAUAAAGUACAUGAUGAUAAAAAUAUAACACAGACAGAUAUAUAUGAGAUAUGCAUAGGACAAAGUAUACAAUUAAAGAGAAUAAAUAGUAGUAAAGUUAAUAAUGUGAACUUUAUUGAUACAAAAAUUCAGUUUAUUGGUGAUUAUGUACCUAAUUAUGAUAUAUUAGGAGUUAAUGGAACUCUAAUCCAAUUUUACUAUCCAAAGAACAUACCAUCUUCUUUAAAUAUAAUUCGUAAAGGACGAAUUCAGUUUGUAUGUUCAGAAUUUAGUCCUGGAAUUUUGUCAGUAUAUGAAGAUAAUAUACCAAUCCAUAAAUAUGGCAAGGCUAAUUCACUUUUAAUAGAAACUACAGUAGUAUUUGGGGCACCAUCUUUUUGUGAUUGGAGAUUACAUGCAGAUAUAUAUAGGAGAAAUAACACUUUAUUUGAUUAUUCAAUUGAAGAUAGCAAUAUAUUCAAACUUUCGAACUUAUUACUGCCUUUACAAGGCCAUUGUCAAAACUUUACAGAUUCCAACCUAUUAAGUUAUGAAGUAUGUAAUUUUGAAAGUGUAAUUCAAUAUAGAAAGAAUGGAAGUGAUAUUAUACAUCCAAUGUAUUUUACAGGAACAAGUGAUAUAGAGAUAUCAGCAGAUUUUCCUAAAGAAUUAAGAUAUGGAAAGAUAAAAACUCUAAGUCCAAAUUCACCAUCAAUUUAUCCAAAUAUGACCGUAAAAUUGGAACCUUAUAAUGUCCAUGAUUAUUCUAAUAAAGAAGACAUCCCAUCAAAGUAUGUAUUAGUUGUAGAAUUAAAAAAUGGAAGUCCUUGUUUUAAAACAAAUCACCAAAGGUAUACUCGUUUAAUAUAUGAAUGCCCUGAUGAAUUUCAUCAGUAUACAGCUGGUUACUUUCGAAUUGUAAACAUUAUUGAAAAUCCAACUUGUGUAUACGAAAUUCUAAUUCAAACUCCUGUAAUAUGUUCCCAUCCUUUACUUACACCUGUACCAAUUAUGAAUUCGAGUAGAAUUACCUAUUGUUAUCCCCAGAAGAAGAAUAAAGAUAAUUUAAAAUUUAAUGGACAAGAUAUACUAUUUACAUCCAAUAAUAGUCAAAAUAUAUCUAUACCUAAAUAUGAUUAUAAGAGAUCUCAAACAUAUAAUAAAAAAGAUUAUUCUGAUGAAAAUGGAAUACCUAUUAUUAAUAAUAAUACCCACAUUGAAGAUGUCAAAGGUAUUGUAACAAUUAAUCAAUCCAGCGAUUUAGAAGCUGUUCCUAGUAUAUAUAUUACUUCAUUUUUAAAUCAACAAGAUACAACUCAAUCUUACUUCUCUACUAGUCUAAAGUCAAGAAUUAGAAAAGAUAGUAAUUAUAAAGACAAACCUUUAUACUAUAUUGGUCAAUUAGUUAAGCAUCGUUGGUGGAAUUAUCAUGGUGUAAUUAUUGGAUGGGACUGGAGUGUCCAAGCACCUACACAAUGGAUUAAUAAAGUAUAUCAAAAAUAUUCAACUAAUGAUAAGCUAACACCACACUACUUAAUGCUAGUUCAUCAAGAUCAUUCAAUAUCAUCUAAGGACUUUGUAUCAAUUUCGAAUAAUACACCAAGAUUCUUAUUUGCAUAUAUCCCUCAAAUAGGCUUAGAUCUCCUUGAAAUAAAAGAGGAUCUUAUUAAGAAUACAAGUGAGAUUAUUAAUAAUCCUUACUUUUCACUUUUCUUCUCAAAGUGGGAUAUUAAUCAAAGUCGCUUUUUACCGAAUCAGGGCAGCAUCCUAUGGUCACAGUAUCCUGAUGACUUAGAGUUAUCACCUAAAGAUGAGUUGUAA